CGUCAAAUGCUUGAGGCAUUUGAGAAGGGAUUUAAGAUCUGUGCUGAUGUCCCGAAGUCUUAAGGACGACUGGGGGCAACAUAUUGUAGAUGGAAGACAUCCGCUACUGAAAAAGGUUUUAAGGUACACCAAGGAUGAGGAUGAUCCUAAUGAGAAAGGUAGUAAUCCAGCCAAAAAUGAUGGGGGUAAAGAUUUAGAGGAAAAUGAUGGAGAGUUUGAUUGUUAUCAGAAUACUUUGUUCAGCGCAUCAUCUUUCCCACGCCAGGUUAAUGAACAUGGUACUGAUACGACCAAGGAUGUGGAUGGAGAAGAGCCUGUACAGGAAGUCAUAGACUUACCUUCAGAUUUAGAUUUGUUAUGUUCUCAUUAUAUGGAAACCGUUCUCUCAAAUGUGCUUGAGGAUUUGUACUGCUCCGAUGAGAUGACUGCUGAUCUCUAGCUUAUGUAAGAUGAAUUGUUCACUUUCCUUUGAGUUUGUUCCACCAAAACUAUAGCUCAUAAUAUUUGGCUCAUGUUUUUCAUUGGUAAUAUGGUAUAUUGAUGCUUGUAUUC